AUGACUGCUGCGUGGAAAGCCGCUGGCCUUACUUACAACCGCUACCUCGCCAUUGCGGCUCGUGCUGCCCGCCGCAGCUUGAAGGAGGACAAGAGAAUCAUUGCUGAGCGCCGCGGUGGUAUGGAGCUCCGUUUCGCCAAGUGGGAGAACGGAAAGAUGGGUGAAUCCCAGGACCUCGCCAAGGCCAACGCUGCCGCCAUGGCCGAGCACGCCUCCUCUUAA